AUGAUAAAUCCUAUUUUGCAUGCCGACGACACUGAGAAUCCAACGAAAGAGGAAAUGAGUGCCAUUGAUAAGGAACUUAGGAAGUUUGUUACAUCUGUUUUGAAGGAAAUGAACUCAGAUAUUUUUCCAGAUGUUCAAACAUAUUUGGCAAAAGAAACUAGCCCUGAAAAUGAUUCUAGUGAAAAAGUUGAGGAAAGCGUUCCUGGACAUGAUGCUCUUGAAAGAAUGAGUAAGAAGAAGGAAGAUGAGUGUGUCCCCGAGCAUGCUGCUCAAGAGAGAAGAAGUAAAAAGAAAGAUGAUCAUGUUGUUAAUGUUGAUGAACUAACUUUUGAUGAUGAACCCCUUACCAAUAUUGUAACUCCUAGUAUAGCCAAGAGACUGCAGAGAUGUAAAGGAAAGGCAGUGGUGUUCAAAGAUUCUCCCUCCAGGGAAAUGAAAAGAAAAUCUAUUGGUUUGAAAGACACUCCUAAAGAGAAAGUUGUCUCUUCUAGUGACCCUGAGUUUGAUGUAGAAAAGUAUGUCCAAGACAUCACACCUGUAAAUAAAUCUGAUAACAAGAAGCCUCAUGCUGCUAUGCCCAAGGCUCCACUAAACAAUGUUUCUUUACACUAUGUAAAGAAUGCUGAAAGGUGGAAGUAUGUUAUUCAGAGGAGGACUGUCACACAAUUUGGCCAUUGCUAUGAAAGCUUAGUCAAGGAGUUUAUGGUGACUAUUCCUGAUGGGUGUGAUGAUGUGAAUAGUGCUGACUAUGGAAAGGUGUGUGUUAGAGGAAAUGUUGUGACAUUCUCUCCAGCUGUAAUAAAUAAAUUUAUAGGAAGAACAAAAGAACCUAAGGCUGAGCUAGAGGUUACAGAUGAUCAGGUGUGCAAAGAAAUAACUGCCAAGAUUAGGACUGCCAACUGGGUGCCCACUAAUCACACCUCAACCAUCUCUACUGGUGUUAGGAAAUUUAUUUAUGUUGUUGGAACUAGAAGAGCGUUUGACUUUGGGAAAUACAUCUUUGAACAAGUUCUGAAGCAAGUUUUCUCUACUGCUAUAAAUAUGCCCAUCUGCUUUCCAUCCCUCAUCUGUGGAGUCAUUCUGAACCAACAUCCUGGUAUUUUGCUACCCAUUGAUAGUGUGAAGAAAAGGGAUUCUCCCUUACCACUCCACUACAAACUUUUUGCUGGAACACAUGUCUUAGAUAUUAUCAUAACAUCUCCUCAGGUACCUGGCCCUGCCACCUCCAAGAAGAGUCUUAUUGCUCAGCUGAAGGAGAAUUGUAAAGAGUUGGAGGAUUCCAUCAGAUCUAGCAGUGCAACAAAGAUCAAACUUGAGACAUUGAUGAAGGCUAUGAUGGCAGAAGAGAAGAAGGAAGAUGAACAGGGAGGGGAUGACAAUGAAGGAACUGAUGUUGAGGACUAUGCUGGUGGGGAUGAUGUUGAUGAAGAGAAGGAAGAUGAAUGA